CUGGGAUCUCUGUACAGUAUCCCACCCAGCCACCGCAUGGCCAGCGACCACCCAACAUACUCCUUGCCGCAGAUUAAACCCAACAUAGACAUCACCAUCCUGAAAGGUUCGAAGGGCGAGAACGGCGAGGGGGGAAUCCCGGGUCGAACGGGCAAGGAAGGUCCCCGGGGGUCCGUUGGCCCCCAGGGAGCCAAGGGGAGCAAGGGGAAGGCAGGGGCGGCCGGACACAACUGUAAACAUCAGUAUGCGGCGUUCUCGGUGGGCCGGAGGAAAGGGGUCCACAGCGGAGAGACCCCCACUCAGCUCAUCUUCGACACAGAGUUUGUCAACCUGUACGGGCACUUCGACAUGUUCACCGGAACCUUCCACUGCCACGUGCCCGGCGUCUACUACUUCGACCUGAACGUUCACACCUGGAACUUCAUGGAGACGUACCUGCACCUGAUGAGGAACGACAGGCCGAUGGUCAUCCUCUACGCCCAGUCCAGCGAGCGCAGCAUCAUGCAGAGCCAGAGCGUGAUGCUGGACUUGGCCGAAGGCGACCAGGUCUGGGUGCAGCUGUACCGGCAGGGCCGGGAGAACGCCAUCUACAGCGACGAGCUGGACGUCUACAUCACCUUCAACGGCCACUUGCUCAAGCCGUCUGACGACUGA